ACGCAGCGCUAUCCGCUCCGGAAAACUGCCGCCGUGGCAACAAGAGAAGCUCACGUGAGGUGAGCUUUUGCUCUUAUCGCUGGCGUGCAGUCUACGCUGCAUGAUACUGCUACACGUGCGAACUGCCGACCCAGACAGCUGCCAGCCACAACACGCAGUAGGACAUUGACGGCCACCAACACAGCACAACAGGUACAGGGUGCACAGACAGCGACGUAACAGGUUGAGCCAUGGCAGCAAAGCUUAUCACCACUGGGUCUAUUAUGAUCACAUUCGUGGUCCUUGCCUACUCGGUCGAUCCUGAGUGCCCAAAACUUAAAUGUUUGGCUGGUAAUAAGGUGGCCUGUUUCAUCGAUGACGAGCGCUGUCAUUGCAGCUGUGUAACUGAUGCCGACCCCUGCGAGUCAUUGCGCAACCACUCCUGCCCCGAGGCUCAUUCACUCAGUUGUAUCAGCGAGGCAAUCACCUGCACGUGCCGAUGUGUUUUGAAAUGAUGGAAAGAUGGAGAACUAUCUGCCUAUGGAUGAAACGGGAAUGAAGCAUGCUACCACAAAUGUGUUGCAUCUUUGUUUUGGAUUUCAAUAUUGUAAUCAAGAGAUUAUAAUAACUGAAUAAAUACAUUUGUAUUUACAU